GCCGUAAACCAAAUAGUCGUUGUAUGUUGUUUUUCUCUUCAUAGCUCUGCUCUCACUCUCCAUUUUGGUUCUCUUCUGCAGAUUUGAUGCCUGUGCUUGUGAAAUUUUCCAUCGAUUUUCUUGUUGCGCCAACAACGGACUGGGGAUGAAAAACCAAACACAAAAAACGGAUUUGAUAUUUAAAAAAUAUGCAGAAACAAGAAAAAAGGCGCGAGCUGCGCCUAAAGCGGUUUUGGCGUUCGCCAAAGACAACAUCAUCAGACGAUUCCACUGGCUUUGAGAGCCCGACGCGCACAAAGCCGGCCAGUGAUGCACAGCGCUUCAACCAUCUGCACUACACUAGUCUGUCCCAGGGCACGGGGUCGUGCACGUCGUCCUCGGUGACUGGCAAUGCUAAUGGCGGAGCCUCGACAACAACCAGCAGCAAGCCAUCCUGCUCGCUUCCCUUGUUGCAGGUGUGGCCCAGCCAGGAUUCACCGCGCGGCGAAGCUGACGGCCAGUCGUUCAUAUUCCCCGCCAUUGUCGAGACGAGCACCAGCACUUGCAGUGCUGGGGAGAGCGUGGAGGGGAACAGCACCGCCCCAAGCAGCAGCACUACUACCGCAAGCACUUCCAGCACCAGCGGAAGCAUCACCAGUAAGCGGGCUAGCAACCACCUAUCGUUGGCCACAAUCGAACGACGCGGUUCCCUCUACUGUGAUACUCUGCAUGCCGGCGACUCUGGUAUAGAUUCAGUGCAGGCUUCGCCGUCGCCCAAUGCACUGAUGGCACCACCAGGUGCAAAUCUGCUCGUCAAUCUGCCCAGUGGUGGAGUGCCUCUUCUUACCGGAGGCGGUAGUUGCCACGUCUCGCCCACAACCACGCCCACGCAUGGCUCACCGAACCUCUCAUUGGGCAGGCGGGGCGUGCGCAACAGUAUCUGCGUGGUUCCCAACAAUGGGGCCAACUACCGUCGAAAGUCCAGUGCGCUGCUGCAUCCGGAUCAUGCGCGUCUCUUUGCUCUGCGCAUGAAACAUGCGGCAGCACUGGAACGAGCUCAAACGUCGCCUGAUCAGACCUCCAUCGAGGAUGCCAACGAGUUCCAUGAUAACGGGCUGGCCACCAAUCUGCGUCUGUGCUCGGCCUCGUCGUCGACGACGUCGUCGCUGACUUCCGUGGCAGCAGUCAGCCUGGGCGGCGGACUGGGCGCCGCCGGUGGCUGCAUCAGCAGCAGUAGCGGCGCCUGCUCCUCGGCCUACGCUGUCGGUCCGCUGUCGGGUGCACAGCAGCGCGUCUCCGAUCCUUGGCUGCAGCCUCAGUCCGACCGGGAACGAGAUUCCCGCCACGAUCAUCGUCGAUCCUCCACAAUGACGGCGCGCUACUCGCUCUUCGAUGCCCUGGACCUCGAAUACGUACUGCUCCGAGCUGCAGCCCGCGGAUCCGUCGGUCCCUACUCGCUCAGCGAGUCGAUACACAAGUUGACCUUUACGCAAUCGUUGGCGUUUCCGGCACUGGCGCGCGGGCUUGCCACGAAGCGACGUCGCUCGGCUACACACACAAGCUCGCGACCGUUGAAUCCUCACGAAUCCGGACUCAAUACCUGCGCCAAGGUCAUCACCGCCGUGGUCUUAGUGGCUAUUUCCUUCAUGGUGUUCUUAAUAGUAUACAAGUUUGUACGGACGUGA